AGUAUUGCGGGUGCUACCCGAGGGAACGUACCCCGAGGUCACAUACGCCCUCGCUCACCCUUAGUGAACUGUUUUUGGUUCAUUUCACUUGCGACCAUGCAGAAAGCCUCACGCCUGAAGAGAGAACUGCACAUGUUAGCCAUAGAACCUCCCCCAGGCAUCACGUGCUGGCAAGAAAAGGACCGAGUAGAUGAUUUGCGAGCUCAAAUACUAGGUGCAGUCAACACACCAUAUGAGAAAGGUGUUUUCACACUGGCAGUUAUCAUUCCUGAGAGGUACCCAUUUGAACCACCACAGGUCCGAUUCCUGACUCCAAUUUAUCAUCCAAACAUUGAUUCUAGUGGAAGGAUUUGUCUAGAUAUUCUCAAAUUGCCACCAAAAGGUGCGUGGAGACCAUGCCUCAACAUCGCCACUGUACUGACCUCUAUUCAGCUGCUCAUGGCAGAGCCCAAUCCUGAUGACCCACUAAUGGCUGACAUUUCCUCAGAAUUUAAAUAUAACAAGAUAGCUUUUCUCAAGAAUGCCAGGCAGUGGACAGAGACUCAUGCAAGACAGAAACAAAAGGCUGAUGAAAAGGAGGUAGGCACCUCAUCAGAGUUUGGUGACUCUGAGGAAAGCAACUCCACGCGGAAAAGGAAGGCCAGGCCACUAGGAGGCACAGAAAAGAAGUUUCACCCUGAUGCCCAGAGAGUCUGUCCUGGUCCCUCUUAGUGCAGGCUGUGACAAGGUGGUCUCUCUUGCUUGCUUUUCUUGAAUGUUUCCCUUUGUGUUUGAUGACAUAAUGUUUGUAUCCUUAUAAAAGACCUUGUAUGUUUACGAAUUCUGCCAUGCAACUAUUCUUUAAGGAUGAUUUGUUUUAUUUAUCUUGUACAUAUGUAUUUUGAAAACUUUUAAACUUGAAAAAUAAAUAAUACUUAAUGUUAAGU